UUGAACGUGAUGAUGAUAUGCAUUUUCAAAGCAUUGAAAAUAUUUACAUUUAAGAUAACAGAUAUCUGUGGACAGUUAUCAGUUUAUCAUUAUUGUUUUGGUUCUUUUAAACUUACUCCAGUCUGCUGUCAGUGCUUGUGAAGUUACAAUGGAAAGUCCGUUGUUGAUGUUAGCAACUACAUUUGCUAUUUUAGCAAGUAUUUUCUAUGUUUGGGCGAAGUACAAGCUAACUUAUUGGCAACAACGUGGUGUUCCGACUCUGCCGACAAAUUUAAUCUUCGGAAACUUCAAAGAUGCUAUGCUGCUUCGUGUCUCACCGGGAUAUCUUCUGGGAAGACUUUAUAAUGAAGCCAAAGGUGAUCCUCCUUUUUUGGGGAUCUACAUCAUGCACAAGCCCUUCCUGAUACUGCGAGAUCCUAAAAUAAUAAAACAGAUGAUUAUCAAGGACUUUAAUUUCUUCCAAAAUCGGUACUUUUCUUCCCGAAACCGGAAUGAUAAACUGGGCACUGAUAAUCUCUUCUCGAUAAACAAUCCCGAAUGGAAAUACAUCAGGACCAAAUUGUCGCCGACUUUUACCAGCGGAAAACUCAAGCAGUUGUUUCAUCUGAUGGUAGAGACUUCUGACAACAUGAAGAAUUAUUUGGAUAAAAAGUUUGCUGAUGAUAAAAAUAAAAUUCAAAGCAUUGAAGUUAAAGACACUAGCACUAUGUAUACUACUGAUAUCGUCGCGUCACUGGCUUUUGGUAUCAGCACUAACUCAUUUGAUCAACCUACACCAGAAUUUUAUAAGCGAAGUCGGGAACAACAAAACUUCAAUAUCGGGUUCGCUAUAAGAAUAUUUAGUGCAUUUUUCUUCCCAUCACUUUCAAGGUUAUUCAACAAUUCAUUUUUUGGUAAAAAUACUGACUACUUCCGUGAAGUUUUUUGGACUUCAAUGAAUGCUCGCGAAAAAUCUAAAACUGAAAGAGGCGAUGUUAUGGAUUCGUUACUUAAAUUGAAGAAUGAAAAACAAGAUGCACAAUUUCGAUUUGAAGGUGACAGCCUUGUAGCACAAUCAGCAAUAUUCUUCAUAGCCGGUUUGGAGUCAAGUUCAGUGACAAUUUCAUUCGCAUUGUAUGAACUAGCCCGACGUCCAGAUCUCCAAAAUCGCGUGCGCACUGAAAUAAUUGAUAACUUGAACAAGUUUGGCGGAUUAACAUACGAUUCGAUACAGAAUAUGAAGUAUCUUAUGCAAGUAAUAAAUGAAACUCUAAGAUUAUAUCCACCUGCUCCGAUUAUAGAUCGUGUAGCCACCGAAGAUUAUAAAAUUCCCGACACUGAUAUCAUUAUUGAAAAAGGAACAGCGAUUUACAUUCCAUUGCCAGGUGUUCAUAGGAAUCCAAAGUUUCACCCAGACCCAGAAAAAUUUGAUCCAGAUCGGUUUAGUGAAGAAAGGAAAAAUGACAUAGAAUCUUGUACGUUCCUACCGUUUGGUGAAGGUCCAAGGAUUUGUAUCGCAUUUCGCGUGGGAAUGCUGCAAACAGCAGUUGGUCUAAUAAGAAUCCUCCAAGGCUAUGAAGUGUCUGUGAAUCCAAACUACAAAACCGAAAUAAGUACACGUAACAUAUUCACAACUCCUGCGAAUGGUAUUCACUUAUACUUCAAGAAACUUAAUGUUUAAGUACAACUAGUAUAACAACCUACAGUCACUAUAUGCGACUGCCAAGAUUUACGAAUUAUGAAUAAGAAAACUUUGGCUUAAUGAUUUUUUGACGUGAUAAGGUCUUAUAAAUCGAUAAACACCGGCUGCAUGCAUGAAAAAGUGUCACGUUUCGCCUGAGCCUGAGCGUACAAUCGGCCCAAAAGUGUUGGCUUGUGACACAUUUAUCUCUCUUCUCGCGUGACAUCAGAGCUAGCAAUUUGAAUAUUGUUCUAUAACUAAUUGUUCGUGAUUAUAUUUAAGCAAAUUAUUUAAAUU